AUGGCUUCUGCUGUCGCUUCCACUUCGUCCUACGUCUUCCCGCACGACGCGGCGAGCUCUGCAGCUCUGUUCGUCUCCCCCGCCGACCUGUUCCAGCGAACCGCUCCCGCACAGUCGGACUACGAGGAUGAGGACGAGGCCGCGCAGGAGCCUGCUUUCGAGGUGCAGGAGGAAGAGGUAGACCCGCGUUCGCUGCUUGGGUCGCUCAAGCUUCAGCCGGGAGAGACGACCGAGAUGUCUGGCGGACGCCUCAAGAGGUACAUGUGCACCUGGCCGGGCUGCGGCAAGUGCUACGCGAGGCCAACGAGGCUGGAGGAGCAUCAGAGGGUUCACACGGGCGAGCGUCCGUUCGUUUGCUCAGUGUGCAACGCCGACUUCCAGCGCGACUCGCACCUCAAAGCUCACUCGCGCAUGCACCUCGACGAGUCGGAGAAACCCUGCGCUUGUCCCGAGGAAGGCUGCGGGAAGAAAUUCUGGACGAAUCAGCAUCUCAACAAGCACGUCGAGGUCGUCCACCGCAACGGCGGCAAGACGUACAAGUGCGACGAGUGCGACUCGACUUUCCGCAAGCACCACCAGCUCCGCUCGCACGUCUUGCAGGAGCACUCGGCGGAAGCGACCGACAUCAGGCCGUUCGAGUGCGAGCAUCCUGGAUGCGGCAAGAGCUUCAAGCAGAAGACGCAUCUCAAAAGCCACGAGAAGACGCACGACACCUCUCGCUACGCCUGCAUGCACCCCAGCUGCGCUUCCCUCCCCGCCGAGUCCCGCCAGUUCGGCACCUGGACGCUCCUCCAGCGCCACAACAAGACGGUGCACCCUCCGGCCUGCCACCACCCCGAGUGCGACGGACGCGUCUUCGCCAACUCGCGCAGUCUGAGGAACCACCUCUCGCUGCAUGAGCGUGACGAGAAGGAGGCGAGGGGCGAGGUUGUGCUUGACGAGAAUGGGAAGAAGAAGCGGAGGAGGAGGAACAAGAAGAGAAAGAGCAGUAGCAGCGAUGUGGACGAGGCGGGUGCUGCGCUCGAAGGCGUCGCUGCUCCUGAGCAGGAGGGAGAGGAGGUUGAGGAGGGGAGUGACUGGGAGGCGAGGCAGGAGAGCGAGCGGGACGAGCGAAUGAGGGAGGAUUUCCGCCACGGCGGCAAGAAGAAGCGCAAGGUCUUCCACGAGGCGGCCGGCUUCCCUGCUCUCCCCCUUCCCCCGUCGCUCGCCGGACUCGCCAACUCGCCCGCUCUCGAAGACAUCCCCGAAGGUCUCCCCGUCCCUCCCGCCGCUUUUCUUGCCGACCCUUCCGCCGACUCCUCGCAGAACAUCGUCGACCUCCUCACCGGCGCCAACUAUUCCGCUCCGCAAGCCACCGGCUCGAGGCCCGCCCUCUCCCGCUCGCCCAGCAAAGGCGGUCUCGCCAACGUCCCUCGCAAGUACAGCUGCCCGUUCCCCGCCAUCCUCGAGUUACCGUUCAAGGACCUCGGCCAGCCCUCGCGUCCCGCCUCGCCUGCGCUCGAGGAGGAUGGCGACGAGGACGACGAGGGGACGUGCAAGUACUGGUUCAAGAGGGUGUACGACGUCGAGAGGCAUCUCAAGGCGAAGCACGGGGUCGAGAUGGUGGGCGGAAGGCAGGUCCUCGACGACUACUUCAAGGCGGAGGCGGAGGACUGA